AUGGCCAACGGCAACUCCUCAGCUCUCUUGGCGUCAGAUCAGAGCUCAAGAAACUCCCGACUAGCUGUGUUGACAGUUCUUUCCCACCUCGCUGAGUAUGCCACCUAUGUGGGUUACCACGAUUCGGGAGGGGAGGAGAACUGGAAUGGAGAAUCUGACGCACAUACCAAGAACCUGGAAAGCCUUCGCGCCGGUGGCAUCCAGGGACUGUGUGUCGGACUCCUCUCUGCCAGCGCGCUGGCAUGCGCCAGAAACUUGACGGAAGCAGCUGAGCUCGGCGCCGUUGCCGUGAGAUUGGCUCUGUGCACCGCAGCGUUCGUGGACCUCGACCAGAUGGACUCCGUAGACCCGGCCGUCUGUAUAAGUGCCCGCUGGUUACGGAGUAUGAAUGAUGGAAGUGGUAGCCCAGGAGAAACCUGCUACCAACCGUUCAAAGAGAUGCUCGACAUUUACCAAAAGGCUUACAUAGGCGUCCGCAUGGACAUUGCAAGCGCAACCAUUACUGCUCCCAAGAGCGACGCCACGUCCCUAAUGCGCCACCUCGAGGAGAAGGGGGCCAUGGCCAAGGAAAUAGACCUUAAGGGUCGCUUCCACUAUUCGGGUCACACAAACGCGCUGCAGACGCUUAUUCAGCUCUGCGACUCUACACCGAUGCUACAAUUUCCACAGGAACGACGCCCGCUGGUGCCGCUGAGGCAGAACAUCAACGGAGAGGUUGUGACGGACGAGGGCCCCCUCCACAAAACAGUACUACGGUCCAUCUUGACCGACAUGGCCGACUGGUACACGACCAUGAGUAGAGCGGUGUCAGCCGUGACUGAAACGUUAGGAUCCAAGUCUGAGCGGGUGGAAAAUUCGCCUCAAAGACUGGUUCAAUUAGGUCCAGUGGAGUGCAUCCCCCGGUCUGUCCUCGCAGGCACCUCAAUCAAAGUCCUGCAACCAACUGCCCACGGAACGACGCGGUGCGGUUAUCCCGAAGAUGCUGUCGCCGUGAUCGGUCUUUCCUGCCGAUUUCCCGACGCUGAGACACCGGAAAAGUUUUGGGACACGAUCCUGCGCGGGAAGAAGACGGGAGAUUCUCUCCUUGAUGCGGACUCCUUCGACUGCGGUCUUUUCCGCAAAUCACCUCGCGAGGCAGAGUAUAUGGACCCGCAGCAACGACUCGCUCUUCAUCUUGCGUACGAGGCGUUGGAAUCUGCCGGGUACUUUAGUCCGUCGUCUUCCUGGACAGACAAUAUUGGUUGUUACCUCGGCAUGUCAUCAUGCGAUUACGAAGACCAUGUCAACGCCCGGCCGCCAAGCGCCUUCUCAUUCACAGGGACCGCGCGUUCCUUCGCAGGCGGCCGCAUCAGCCACUUUUUUGGUCUCACUGGCCCGUCCAUGGUCAUUGACACGGCAUGUUCGUCAUCUGGCGUGGCUAUCAACACCGCUUAUAAGGCAGUUCAAUCAGGCGAUUGUGCCAUGGCCCUAGCCGGCGGCGUGAACUUAACGACAGCGGAGGGACGGGCACAUCAAAACCUCGCUGGGGCAUCGUUUCUGAGCCCGACGGGUCAGUGUCGUCCCUUUGACACUGCUGCUGACGGCUACCGCCGAGGACAGGGAGGAGGCUUCGUCUUGCUAAAGAGACUUUCGGCAGCUGUAGCUGACAAUGACCGCAUCCUCGGCGUCCUAGCAGCCUCGGCCGUCAACAACAGCAAAGGCAGCCGGUCCAUUACACUGCCAUCUUCCGAGUCCCAGAGCACCCUAUACCGUAACGUUCUCCGUUUGGCGAAUCUCGAUCCGCGUGAUGUGUCGUACGUUGAAGCGCACGGUACUGGCACCCAGAAAGGAGACCCGGUCGAAUGUCAAAGCAUUAGGAGCGUCUUUGGCAAAGAUAAACGGGCCGGGUCGCCAGCAAUCCGCUUCGGCUCGAUAAAGGGGAAUUUCGGCCAUGGCGAGGCAGCUUCUGGGAUAGCAUCGCUUACUAAAGUCCUUCUGAUGUUGGAGCACCGGCUCAUUACGCCCCAAGCCAACUUCUCCGUUCUGAAUCCAGCUAUCCCGUCGCUCGAGGAGGACAAUAUGGAGAUCAGUGUAGAGACGGUGCCCUGGAAUGAGCCGUACCGAGUGGCUCUAGUUAACAACUACGGCGCGUCGGGCGCCAACGCAGCCAUGGUUGUCUGUCAGCCUCCAAUGCGUCCCCAUCGGGUCAUCUCGACCUCGCCUAUAGCUCACAGGUUUCCAAUCAUUUUAGCCGCCAACACCGCCGUCGCUCUGAUCCGUUGCGGUCGUGCUCUCUCCCACUUCAUUGAAAAUUACCCCGGAGGGUUCGGCGACGAGCAUCUUCCUAGCUUCGCCUUCCAUCUCGCCCAGCGCCAGAAUCACUCUCUCGCCCACCGCACCAUGUUUUCGGUCGCAUCAGCAGCCGAGCUCAGAGCCCAUCUAGAAACGCUGGUUCAAAGGAGCGACAAAAAUGGCAACACAGAAGCUACCCAGAAUACAAAAAGUGGUCCGAAGCCCGUGGUUUUGCUCUUUUCUGGUCAGACAGGCCGCCGUGCCCAUCUCAACCGCGAUGCAUAUCUCGGCUUCAGUUUGCUACGGCGCCACCUGGAUCGCUGCAAUCGCACUUUGCAAGCUCUUGGUCUCCACUCCCUGUUCCCUCGCAUUUUCGACACGGAGCCCGUCGAAGACCUUGUCGAUCUCCACUGUAUGCAGUUUGCUUUGCAGUAUUCUGUUGCCACGGCGUGGAUCGACGCUGGUCUCAAGAUCAAGACCAUGGUAGGCCAUAGUCUAGGUCAGCUCACGGCUCUCUGUGUCAGUGGCGUGAUCAGCCUCCAAGACGCUUUGAAGAUGGUUUCUGGUCGUGCCUCGCUGAUACAGACUAAAUGGAGUACGGAACGAGGCCGCAUGCUUAGCGUAGAUGCAGAUGCCGCCACUGUACAAAACAUCGCACAGUCGGCGCCAGAAGGUGACAAGGUCGAGAUCGCAUGCUAUAAUGCUCCUUUGCACCAAGUUGUUGCCGGGACUGAAACGGCCAUUAGCGCGUUUGAGCAGGCCGCAACCUCCAAGGGCGUUUCUACUAGGCGACUGGCGGUUACGCAUGCAUUCCACUCAAAACUGGUCGAUGACAUUCUGCCGGAAUACUACCGGCUCCUUCGGGAACUCAACUUCCGCCCUGUUGACAUCCCUAUAGAGCCCUGCUCCGAGUCCGCAGGCAGCUGGGACACUGUUACGCCUCAACUGGUCGGGCGACAGUCUCGCGAGCCAGUUUACUUCGUUGAUGCCCUCUCCAGGGUCGAACAACGACUAGGCUCCUGUGUCUGGCUGGAGGUUGGCUCUGGAUCCGCCGCUAUCACUAUGGCCCGCCGUGCUCUUGAGAGCCAAUCAUCACGCCGCAAGCUAUCCCACACUUUCUACGCGGCGCAACUCCACAGCACGGAACCAGUCUCUUCUCUCGCCGACACCAUCCUCGGGUUGUGGAAUGAAAGGGUACAAGUGCAGUUCUGGCUCUACCACGCUUCCCAGCGACACUCUUGUAUGCCGAUGAACCUGCCUUCGUACCAAUUCGAAAAGACUCAACAUUGGCUGCCGUACAUUGACAGGCAUUCAGUAGCAGAGUGUGAGAAGCGGGUCCAGCUUCCAUCACCGCGGGAGUCAGUAGACUUGGUUUCCCUGGUUGGAAGUACGGGUCCCAAAGAUGAGACCGCAUUUGAGUUUUCAAUCAAUCAGCACAGCGACGAGUAUGCUCUCUUCGUGCGAGGGAGGAGCGUUUUUGGCCACAUUCUGGCACCUGGUUCAGUAUACGCGGAGUCGGCUGCCCGCGCAUUCAGGCUUCUUCCGACGCACGAUGAGUCUGCAGGCCUUUCCUCCGUGCCGGUAGAGCUGAGCCAUAUGAAGCUGCACGCACCUUUCGGCCUUGAUCUCCAAAAACGCCUCCGGCUGACCCUGCGAAGGCACACAGCAACUUCAUGGGAUUUCAUGGUAGAAAGUCACUCACUAGAUCACGAUUCAAGCAAGUCUUCCAGACUCCAAGCAUCGGGAACCAUCAGACUUCAGGCACAAGAGAGUCUCCACUUCGGUGGCGGGCAAACACUUCUUCGUCGUCUGUACGACCGCUGUGAUGAGCUGCGUGAGGAUCGCAAUGGCUCCAUCGUGCAGGGUGCUUACGUGAAGAAGCUCAUGAGUCGAGUGGCUAGUUACGAUGACAAGUAUUUUGGAAUCCGGCUCAUAGCAUCUCGAGGGCUGGAGGCUGUGGCCCAUGUUGAGGAUCUUCCCGUCGUGUCUCAGUGCCGCACGGGAGCAGCAUUGAGUCCGCCCCUCUUCGACAAUUUCUUGCUUGUAGCAGAGAUGCACGCCGGCAGUCUAGGAGACCUUGCGGAUGACCACCUCUACAUUUGUGGUGGAUUUGAUAAGAUUGUUCCGCAUGCCCCUUCAAGAAACCCAGAAUCACAUCCCGAAGGCCCCUGGAAAGUUCUCUCAACUUUGGAACGAGGUCACGACAAAACAGUCGUUUGCGACAUCCUCGUCUUCAAUGCGCGUGACAAAACGUUGUCUCUUUCCAUCAUCGGCGCCAGACUUAGACAGAUUCCUGUCAAAUCUGUGCAAAAGGUUCUGGAGGAAAUCAACACCACUGAGCCAUCCAAAGCCGAGAAUGAACUGCGAGGUAUGGACAAGCUGCUCCAGUUGGGUAGUUGGGGUGUUGCGCCUCAUUUGUCAUUCAUGAACAGCCCUGCCGGCCUCGAUAACGCCGAAGAGGCCACUCUCGGCGUUGUGGACUAUCUACACCCUGGUUUCUCCAACAACAAUACACAGUUUGGACUCCAUUCGGCUCUAGCCCCCCCAUAUGGCUCCACUACAAGCCUAUCUCAGCUGAGCUCGACCGACGACACGAAGGACUCUUUGAGCGUUUCGCCCAAACCACCCGCUUCUUCAACGAGCCUUGCUACGUCUGAGCAUGACCAGAAUAUCGCUGCUUUAUAUGACUUGCUCGCAGAGCAUUUGGAAUGCUCCAACGGGAUCCCGCCCAACAUGCCCUUGGGAGACAUUGGGUUGGACUCCUUGGUCGCCAUUCAGAUUCGAUCGGACCUGGAAAAGCUGUUUGGGAAAAGCCCAAAACUUCAGGAUAUCGACGAAAGAACGACCUUCUCAGACCUCUGUGGCAUGGUUUUGCCACAAGACCCCUCCACCCAUCUGAAGCUCAAGGCAUCAACAGGCAACCCCUUGAAUGCAACGACUUCAAACGGAAUCCAUGGAAUACAUCACAUUUCUGCCAGCACCGCGCCUAUCAUAGAACCAGGUUCUGUCCUCACUCAAGACCCUUCCAAUUUCCUCUCGUUGGCUGUUCGUGAGUUCAGUCGUGUCAAGAAAGAAACCAGUGUCUUUGCCCAGCAGACUGGAUUCGCAGGUUUCUAUCCUAGCGUUCACCAGAAGCAGAGUCUACUGGUAUCGACCUAUAUCCUGGAGGCUUUUGGGGCUUUGGGCUGUGACGUGAAGUCACUACAAACGGGCGACCCGUUUCCCACCUUUUCGUAUCUGCCCAAACAUCAAAAGCUGGUAUGUAGGCUCCACGAGAUAUUGGAAGAGGCAGGAAUCAUCUCUCCGCCGGAUGGACAAUUGUGCCGUCACAGGACAGACGCCCCAUUGGCACCAGCCAGGCCUUCAGCAGAGCUGUACCACGAUAUUCUGGUCGAGCACCCAGGUUACCAACCAGACCAUCAGCUUCUUAACGUAACAGCUCCCCGGCUGGCGGACUGCCUGUCCGGCCGUGCAGAUCCACUGCAGUUGCUCUUCCAAGACAAGGCAGCCCUUAACCUGCUGGAAGACGUCUAUGUCAGCUCGCCCAUGUUUUCCACAGGCAACAAGAUGCUUGGUGAGAUGCUUCUUGGGCUAUUUUCGAACCAUCAGUUCCGAAGGGGUGGCACCGAAAGGCUCCGAAUAUUAGAAAUCGGAGCUGGCACUGGUGCGACAACCCGGCGAAUCUUGGACCAGCUCUUGGAGUGCGACGUCGAGUUCACCUACACAUUCACAGACAUUUCUCUCGCGCUUGUUAAUGGCUCUAGAAAGAAGCUUAGCACUAUCUAUGGCCGACAGCGAGUCGAAGCCAACAUGGAGUUCAUGGCUCUAGACAUAGAGAAGCCGCCUCCGGCAGAUAUGCUGCAGUCGUAUCAUCUCGUCGUAUCUUCAAACUGUAUCCAUGCAACCCAGAACCUCCAACAGUCCUGUACGAAUAUUGAGAAGUUGAUCCGCAAAGAAGACGGUAUGCUCUGUCUCUUAGAGCUUACACGGCCUCUGGGCUGGCUGGAUUGCGUUUUCGGCCUGCUCGACGGCUGGUGGCGGUUCACGGACGGCCGUACAUACGCUCUGGCCCACGAGAACGAUUGGAAGGCAAAACUGGAGAGUGCAGGGUUCAAGAACGUAGAUUGGACUGACGACGGCUCGCGUGAGUCGCAGCACUUUCGUUUGAUCACGGCAUGGCACUGA